GAUAUUUUCUGCUAUAAACACCGCGUACACCGUAGGUGUCGAAACACUCACAAGGAGAACACGGGCUACUACUUUGUUGCUAUUUUAAUUAAACUACGGAAUAUGUGUCGUUAGUCGACACUUAAAAGCGGCAAAAACGAUGGCCGAAUGCAGCUGCGGAGUAGCCCAUGUGUUGACCGACGAGCGGCGGUAGUCUUAGUCAAAGUAGGGAAACAUCUCUAAAUCGAACUGUAAAAUUAUAUUCACCGACGACCAUUGUGUGUUUUUAGUUUUAAAACAACAAACCAGGCCAUUUUUUAAUCAAUAGACGCUAGUGGUACGAGAAAAAUGGACCGAGGUGGCUGUCAAAUGAGCGGCGGUGGAAGCGGAGGCGACGGCGGGCCCGAUCGCCACGGCAUGAUCACGCUGGAGGAUCUGGAGUCCUUCUCCGAGGACCAGCCGUCCGACUCCGGUAAUGGCAGCCUGGAAGAGGGCGAAACCAUGGACGACGACUCGGAUCGGCUGCUGCAUUACUGGCAGGACGUUGCCAGGGGACACCAAGUGGAAGUUUCAAACGAAAUGGCAGAACCCAUUCAACAGCUAACCACCAACAACAACGGCCGCAGUAACAGAGAACACAUCCCUUUCACCCUCCUUUCAAAGAAAGAAAAGUGCGGGGAUCUGCUGUAUGAGAAGCGCCAUUACGAGAAGGGCCACUGGGCUUGCAUCACAAUGCACGAGGACACGUAUGAGCAGAGCAUCUGCUACGGUUUCAUGAGGAUAAUGAGAUAUAUCUGCCAGCAGAACUCCUUAGGGGACUACCUGGGCAUGUCGCUGCCCAUAUUGACGGUGGUGCGCACAAACGAGAACCACUCCGUCCUCUCCCAGGGAGUGACGGUGGCAUACUAUCUGCCCGCCGUACACCAGGCACAGCCUCCACAACCCCAGGACAGCGACAUAGUCAUUGAGGUCUGGCCGGCUGCCAUUGUGUACACAAGGCCCUUCACCGGCCCCACCAAUGAGCUGACCAUCAUCAAUCAGAUCAACAUGAUGGCCGAGCUACUGGAGUCUCCUGGCGUGUGUGUCAACGACUCCUUCAUUGUGGCCGGUUACACUAACCCGGCGCACAGCAACCGCCAGAACGAGAUCUGGUUCCUGGAGCGCCGCUGAUCAGAAGCAUUCAAAUCCCUGGCCCCCUUUCCGUCACACAAAGACUCCUCCCUUAUCAUUCACAGCCUCCACUCAUCCACACUCUCGAAUUCCCUCCCCAGCCAAGCACACUCCAGAUCCCCUCCAUAAUCUCAACCACACGGUGACCAUAUUCUCCGCAGUGAUGCAUCACGCAGCGCAGCAAGCCCUUCAUUCUCAGAGAGCUGUGACAAGUAGUGUACUCGCAGCCUAAUUGUUAUUCCAAUUGUGUGUUUGCACAGCUACAAUGUUCUGUAGGUGUCUAAGCUAAGCCGAGUGAAGAUGUCAAUUCUGUGAGUGUACUUGCUUUUGGUUGUUAAAUCUUGGGAUCACUGCAGGUUCACCUCAUUUAUUGGAAUGAUUCAACAGCAAGUGCAAUAUUAUAUACCACAGUCAAUGCAUUCACAUUGUGGACCUUCAGCCUAAUGUGAUGUCAAUUGCCUGGGUGAGGCGGUAUUUCUCUCAGUAAUCUCCCUGAAAUGAACACUUCAGAAAUAACACACAUUAAGUGCAUGAAUGUAAGAAGGGAGAAAGGUGUUCAAACCAAACCAAACUCUGACUAACUUUACCUCUGAAUGACAAUCAAGAAGAACUUAACAUAACUCCAAUGCACACGCAAGUCAAAAGCAUUCCUCAUUUUUCCCCCCCCGAAUAUCACAAUCCCCACAGAAUCGUCAGAAAUCGUCGUCAGAAAAAGCUCUUUCUACGUGCUACUCUCUUGUGUUAGUGUGUACGCACUCACUACUGUACCGUGACGACCACUGCUGCUCAGUAGAGACAAAUGCAACUUCAUGCGUCAUAGAGAUCCUUAUAGAAAAUAGGACAGCAAAAUGUUUUUUUUAAUGUUCUAUAAUCAAAACUAAAGAAUCUCUGUCAAGUCAGCAAUUGUGUAUUUUCAGUAUAUUCUGAUAUUUCUACAUGCUACUCUCUCGUGUUAGUGUGUACGAUCUCAAUACUGUACCGUGACUAAUUGUCUGAUACAAACCAAUAAACCAGCUCUAAAAUUAUGUUUAUUUUUCAAAAAGUAAAAUCUUUUUAUUUUUUUAAAAAAGAAGAAACUAUGAAUGACGGGCUGUUACUGCAAGGGAGAAGAUGGUUUUGUUUUGUUGUCCUCAAACGAGUACAAAAACAUGUGAUAUUCCAUCAUGGAAGCUGAAACAAUUCAAAAAAAAGUGAUAGCAAACCGACAUCAGGAGAUCAGUCAGAAUGCAAAAACGUGAUAUUAUGUCACAUUGACAUCAGGAAAUCCGCAAAAAUCCAAAGAUUUUAUUUUUCAAACCUGGAGGUGUUUCAAAGCCAUGAUUCAUGUGAGUUCAUCCCCUCCCCCUUGGAAAUUAAAACCUGGUUAUAUGGGAACACCAACAUGACCUGUUACUGUCUAUAUGUUGGCUUAUUUUAGUUGAAUGUGUGCUGUACUGUGACAAAUUCAAGUGCAACAGCACUACUGUGGUUUUCUUUUUUUCGGCAAUAAACACGUACUUCUCUCCUGUCUUUAAAUA